GUUUCGUUUCUUGUCAUUGCUUAAUUGCUUUGUAUUUGCCGGCUUAUCACAUUUAAAAGUUUAAUAAUUUUAUAAAAAAGCCCUUUCACAACAGUGAAUUCUGUAAGCAAUGAUAACCAAAGCAUCACAACAAUUAUUGGUAUUAUAUAUCUAAGUUAUAACACUGAAAGCGGACACUGGUUGGAGUCACCAUGUGCAAGUACCCAGCCCUGGAGUGCCAACCAAUUGAAGAUGGUAAUGAAGUGGACAAUGAAGCUGAAGAAAAUAACGCCAUGAGUGAAGAUGAAGAUGAUAGCGAUGUAUCAGAUUCCGACUCUUACUACUCAGACUCCAGCGUAAACAUCAGGACAGAGUCAGAAUCCGAUGGGGAGUCAGCCAGCGCACACAGAGUCACCCCUGAUAUGGUGCUCCUCCUCAUGCUGAAGGAAAACGGGGCCAUAACUGAAGAAAAGUAUGCUGAGAAGGCAGAAGUAUGUGAGAAAAACUUUAGAUUUUUGAUUCCUAAUAUUCCAAGAUCACGAACAAGUUCAUACAAUUAUACCAGGGAUCUUAGUGAAGCUAAAGAGUCCGAUGAUGAUGAUGAAAAUAAUGACAGUAAUGCUGGUGUGACAGACAAGGUGUUAGAAGUUAAUGAUGUAAAUAAAGGUACUGUAGAGACUAGCAGUAUAAAUGAGAUUGAAUGUGAUAAAGAUAUAACAAAAGACAGAAAAUAUAAUGAAUCUGUCGAGAAAGUAGAUAAUGUUAAAUGUGCGUGUAAUAUGCUUGAGAAUAAUAUAAAUGUUUCUCUGGAUGGUACAAGCAAAAACCAAUGUAGUGUAGAAAACAUUUUGUCAGAAGAGCAACAAGGAAACCAAAUGGAAUGUGAAGAAGUAGAAGAACAUAUGCAAGAUUAUCAAGAGAAUCAAAAGGAAAGAUAUCAAGAACAACAGAAACCAAUUCGUGACAAUCUAUCACCUGAAAAUAAUCUAGACAGAGCAAUUCAAGGAACAAACAGAGAUUGUAACAAAUAUGUUUUGUCAGAAAGUUCUAGUACAGAAUCUAUGAAAAAUGAUGAGAGUCAGAAGGAGAUUGAAAAUACAAAUGUAGUAGUCAAGAAUAAUUUUCUAGAAAAUCACAGUAUAUCAGUAGAGGAUAAAGGAAUAGAGACAAUUAAUAAUGCAACCAAAGACCCAGAUAACCAAGUAGCCUUAACGAAACCCAGGGAAGAAGCCAAAGAGGAUCAAAAUUUAAAAAAACAUAAAGGAGAAAUGCACAAGAAUAUAUUGCAAGGAAUUAAUUUAGCGCAAGUAGAGGACAACAGCAUAGAGACAAAUAAUAACUCGAUCAAUGACGAAAAUCAAAAGAAGAAAGUUGUAGAUCAAAAUUCUAAAAACCAAAAUGAAGAACCUAACAAUCUCUUGCGAGAAAAUAACUUAGAAUCAGUAGAAGACAAAAGUAAAGAGACAAGUAACAAUGUAAGCCAAAACACAACAAAUCCUGCAGAAGAUUCCAAAAUUGAAACCAAGAAUUCUCAAACUGAAUCUAAUUUACCUACGGGAAAAAUAACUAAAAGUUUCAAGUAUAUACUAAAGAAGUUAAUAAGAGAAAAGCGCAUUCCAAAAGAAGACGAAGAAGAUCGAAUUUCUGAUGAAUUUGGAGAAGAUUAUGCGGAACAUUUAUUGUCAUUUGCGGAUGGGCUAGACCGCGAUUAUCAAAAUAAUACAGCCAUAGAAUUAUCUGAUGACGAAGAUGAAGAUAACAAUCUUAGGGAGUUUGCUUUCUUCCUGAAUUUCUAUUCGCCAUCAUCUUACAAGUAUAUCCUGGAAACCUACAAUACUCCGCUCCCAGAACUGAAAGUCCUAUAUUCAUGGUAUUUAAAAGACGAUCAUUAUCCAGGCAUGUCCGAAAAAGCCUUUAAGAUUUUAAAGGAAAAAUCUUUAGCGAAAAGACAUACUUGUACCUUGAUGUUUAUUGAUAUAUUCUUGAAUAAUGAAGGUAGAUAUUGCGACCAGGUGGACUAUGGACACGGUGAAUACUUUAAAUUUAUCGACAAAGCUGUACUUGCCUACGUUUUUGUGUUAGUAAGUUUAGACGAAGACUGGAAGAUGCCGAUAGGGUAUAUCUUCGCGCGGAACAUCCCGGCUGAGACGCAAGCCGAGUACAUCAGGAUCUGUUUGACACAUUGUCACGAGGCUGGAGCAGAUGUUGUAGCCGUUACAUUGGACACGCCUACUGCCGCUGAGUUCCUUGGGUGUUCCUUUGAUAAUAUAAGGAAUUUAAAGACUACUUUUAAGCAUCCGGCGUGUGACCGUGAUGUAGCUAUUUGGAUCGACCCUUGUUUGGCUCUUAAGAGCGCGCGUCAAACACUAAAAGUCAAAGGUGUUUUGAAAGAUGAUGAGGGCAAAAAAAUUCGCUGGAAUUUAAUAAGACAGCUAAAGAUUUUACCUACAGAUUAUUUAAUCGAUCUUGAGCAGCUCGAGUUUUUCGAAUUGAAAAAUCACAUCGCAAAAAUCGAUCUCACAUCUGAGACUUUCAGCAAAAGUUUGAUUCCAGCUUUGGACCUUGCCGAAAAAUUACUUCCAGAUACGUUCACAGACAUUGAACCGACAAAAAGAUAUAUAGCGUUUAUCAAUAUGCUAUAUAAUAUACUUAACUCAAGGAUCACUACUGGGAUACGUAAUAUUGCUUUACAAUUGCGUGCGGCGAAGAAAUAUCUAAUCCGUUUAUUUUCUAAUGAAGAGAAUAAGUUAUCGCCUUUGGAUAGAGAGAAUCUUGCAUGGAAACGCCUCCAAGGCUACCGAUACUUUCUCAAAGGAGAACCAGUGUGCGGUUUCAUCGGAUUCCUGAUUUGCAUUGAGAGCUUUAAGCGUUUAUACCUUACUUUGAUUACACAGGAAAAGAGAAUCAAUUACCUAAAUCCUCAGCGACUGUGCAAAGUACAUGCGGAAGAUUUUGUGACCAAUUUAAGAGCAUACGACUAUUUAGAUGCUGAUUCUUUAUCAGGAGAACGUUUCCAAGAUUUCUAUAAAGAUUUAUUCAAACAUCUUGAGGGAAAUCCGCAGUUUUCUGACAAUAAUGUCCCGUUGGAACACUGGCCGUUGCGAAAUAAGUUUAGUCCAAUGGUCAAUAUUAAGUUGACCUCUGGUAAACGCUCCUAUGAUGAUGUGUACUCCGGGCAAUACAGGCUUAAGAAGAUGAAAAAGACUUCAGAAGAAGAAAGAGCGACUGAAUUAGUCCGCGAUUACUCCAAAGCAAUGGACACAGAAAUAGACUUAUCGAUAAGAAAGAACAUGGUCGGGUUUUUAGCGGGCUGGAUCGCAGCUAAAUUUGCUAAAUGCUUGAAAUGCGAAGAAUGUAUAGACUUGUUAUGUGCUGAUAAGAAGCUCUCGUUUCAUACGUUCAUAACUCUAAGAUGGAUCUACGCUUUAUGCUUGCCAAGCGAGGAGAUGUUCCGUAUCUGUUGGGAGUGCGAACGAGCGCUCCGUUUGAAAGGAUCUCCUAUGCGCCUUAAGGCUUGGGUGCUCCGACGUCUAGCCCCAAAAUUCCCCUGGUCUAAGUCUCCAAAAAGAUCUAAACACCGACCGCUCCAUCAUAUCCACCUCGCUCGGGCUGUGAUCGCGAAAUACUUCGCGUUGCGAGUGCCGACGCCAUUUGGUACAAAGGACAGGAAGAAGAUAGUGGAGAUGUAUCAGCUGUUCACGACCAGGGACCCUGAUGAGUCGAUGGACAAGUAUAGAGUUGAGGAGUUGGAAGACUGGUUAAACCGUAGCAAAGAGGAGUCAGAUUAUUGACAUUUUAUAGAAUAUUGAUAAAUCAGACAGAAACUAAAGUUUUCACUGAAAACUAUAAUGUGUUUCAUGAGGCUACAUAUCGUGUCAUUCACGACGCAUGCCUUAACUCGUAAUGUCAUAUUAUUAAGGGUUAGAUUUGACAAAUCUGCGCGUCAUCGUGGAUGGCACGAACUAUAUGUGCUCUCGAUAUGUAUAGGUUUUAGAUGUUUUUUUUUCAUAAUUAUUUGUAAAUUUUUGAUGUGAUAUUGAGAUUAUUAAUUGUUGGAUCAAUUAUUAGAAUUUAACUUGUGAAGUGAAACUCAAAAUGUAUGAUGUGUUGAUCUCAGAAAAACGAUAAUUUAUUACAGCAUAUACAUCAAAGAGGUUUUAACAGUUGGAGAGGUAUGGUUCCCCUGUAGGCAUAAUAUAGGGAGCGUGCAUGAACUGUAGGAGGCAGCACAGGAGCCGUCAGAUUUUUGGUGCGAGGCGUAAAUGUGAUGUUUAUUGUUCCGAUGUAGCCCACAAGAUGGCAGAACCUACUAUGCAAAAAAAAACACGACGUGUAAAUGUACAUGUUUAUGGUUCCAAUUCAGGCCUCAAGAUGGCAGACCCUCCAACGCGCACGGUCCCUAUAGUACCGGCAUUAUGCGAUAACUGGUUGCCAAAAGUUGAUGCUUGUCAAUGGGGUUAAGGAACGCAAUCUCCAUAGGCAGAACUUAUGCAAAAGUGUCCAGUGGUCAGCUAUAAAUAAUAGUUCCAAAUCUCUCCAGAGUAGCGCUCGAGUAGCUAAGAACCUAGGCGUUAUUGACGGAGUGAAGUGCGCUGUCU